GUGGCUCGGGCUCCGCCCUGCGGCCGCCCAGAGAGAGCGCUCCACUUUGGAUCGGGAGGCGGGGGAGGAUUGCGAAGUUUCGACCAAAGUUUCUUUGUCACUUUUUCUGCUCGGCUUCUCCGGUCGCCGCCGGCUCCUCCCUUCUCUCCCGAUCCGGUCCUUGCGACUUCCCAGCAGCACUUUCUCCUCUGCUUGAUCCUGUCCCCUUUUCUCCCUAGCCCCGCAUCCUGACCUCCCCACCCCGCUCCGAAGCCUCUCCAUCCCGGACCUCCCCCGUUCCUACAGCUCCACUGUACCCCGACUCCUCUCACGCCCCCGCCCAGAAUCCUAUCUAUAGCUCAGACUACACCUUCGGCUCCACGGGCUCCCGGCAUCCUAAGGCAUCCCCAACCCCUAAAACCUCCCCCCAGCCCAGAGUCUGCCCUUGCUGCCCCACUUUCCCUCUGCGCCCCUCCUGGCUCGGACUUUUAAGCCAGUCCCCUACCUCGACCGUAGCCUUAACCCAAUACUCUCCCUUCAGCCCAGGCCCCAUCUUUGCACCCUUGACUUCCAGCCCCUGCCCUCCCCCUUCCCUAUUCCACGAGUGUUUUCUCCAUCCCUGCCUUCUCUCCCUUCUUUCCUGCUCCCCUCCCUUCCCCAGCUUCUCAGCCCCAAUUCUGCUCCUCCGUGCCCCUGCCCAACUCCGGCCAUGCCCUGGGCAUCCAGCGGGCCCGCCCUGUCAGUCUUGGUACUCCUGGGAAUCCUGGCGGCGGUCAUGUCGCUCCUCUCGUCGCAGCUGCUCUUCCAGCUCCAGGCGGGCCGCGCAGAGCUGUGGGGCCGGUCGCUGGGCAUGGAGGGGGCAGCCGAGGAUGCCGCCGGGAUCCUGCUGCCCCUGGCCUCGGCGCUGAGCGCGCUCUGCCUGGUGCUUAAUCUCUGUGCGGUCUUCUUUUGUCUCCUGCUGUGCCAUCUCAGCGCCGAGCUGGCCCGGGCCAGCCCAGACAGGGCUGACUGGUUCCUGUUGGACAGCCGCUGCCUCCGGCACGUCUCUAUUGGCUUCUUCUGCUGUGGGGUCUCGGUGUACUUGGCAGCUCUGUCUAUCUACAUGCUGCUGCUGUUUGAAAUGGAAACAGGGAUCGUGGGCGCUUGUAUCCUGUCCUCCGGGAUAGUGCUCCUCCUGGUCACCCUCAUCCACGUCCUGCUCAGGGCCUCCAAGGCUUCCCGCCAUCGCCUGCCCGAGCCGGCCCACACCCUCUAUGAGAACAACACAACCCGCUCCGCCAGGGACCUCUACAAGCAGACCCCGAGUGUCCGGGCGCGGCCCGACAUCCACCGCGAGUUCUCCUACCCCCCGUUCCUGGAGGCCCAGCCUCACGCGGCCUCCUCCUCACUCGCCGCGGGGAGUCCGGCGCCCGCCGAGGAGGGUGACCGCACGGCCCCCAGGAUGCACCGGACGCUGUCGGCAGAAUCGGGGCUGCUGGGGGCCCGGGCCAGGCCCUGGAAUGGGGUGGCUCAGGAGAUGAGGGGGGUGCUGAACCGAAAGACUGGCAGCUCUGGGAAAGACUCUACCCUGGUGUGAGCACUCCGUGGCGGAGGGUCCUCGGUGUGAACCGGGCCAGGGCUUCGGGGGACUAAGACUAUGGACCGAUGAGUCGCCACCCGUGACAGCCCCUGAGAGUCCUGGACGUCUCAUAGAAUCAUAGGAUUUAGAACUGGGAGAAGCUAUCUAGUCUAAUCUCAUCUCCUCAAGUAGGGAAACUGAGGCCCAGAAAGGAUAAGCAGGCUCAUCCAAGCCUAGUACAUAGCAAAGCUUUGAUCCAGACCCGGCCUGCUGCUUCCAGACCCUCUAGAGAGCACUCUACUCCGGCAUAUUGGGGUCAAAACUAAGCCAUCGGCUAAAGUCUGAGGGACUUGGGGGAGUGCACUGAAGUCAGAGGGAAUGCCUGGAGCCAAAAAAUUAAUCUUCUGCUGCAUCGAGAGACAGAGACAGAGACAAAAACA